AUAUCAACGUGGUCCUGCGAAAACUGGUUUGCCUCCUGAAGCCCGAUAAAGAGAUCACCCACACAGGUGAUCACAUGGUCAUCCGCACGAUCACCUCCCUGCGGGACUAUGUGAUGGAUUUUGACCUGGGAGUCCAGUUUGAGGAAGAUCUGGGACCCGUGGAUGGACGGAAGUGCCAG